UAAAUUUAAAUAUUUUCAUGGCUGUGGUUGACAUUUUGAGGAGGCUCUGGGGUUGGGAUGUCGGAUUUGGAGUAUGUUGCGAAUGUGUGAUGAAGGCGAAAGGGAUUAUUGGGAUGUAUAAGAUCAUUCCAGUGAAUGAUAGAGGGGUUAAGAGGCAAAAUAAUAUUGCUUUAAAUUUGUUUGAGUCAGAACAUUCCUCUCUGAUUGCACGCACGUUGUAGUGGAAUAGAGCAAAAGGAAGCAAUAAUAUAAAUAGCAUACCUCUAAGGAGUCUUUUCCAAUCUGAUAGUUCAGUAUU